AUGGUCAAGAAGAAGGUCGACGCGCGCGUGCGGACGCUGCUGGAGAACUGCAUCCACGAGAACUUCCGGUCGUUUGUGGUGCUAGUGGGUGACCAUGGCAAGGACCAGGUCAUGAAUCUGCACUAUAUCCUGUCCAAAGCGGUCGUCAAAGCACGUCCGCGCGUCCUCUGGUGCUAUAAGAAGGAGCUGGGCUUCUCCACGCAUCGACAGAAACGGAUGCGGCAGAUCAAGAAGCAGCAACAGCGUGGUCUCUAUGACCCCAGUAAAGACGACCCCUUUGAGCUCUUUAUUGCGUCCACGGAUAUCCGCUGGUGCUACUACAAGGAGACACAGAAGGUGCUGGGAAGUACGUAUGGUAUGUGCGUGCUGCAGGACUUUGAGGCUGUGACCCCCAAUAUCAUGGCACGCACGAUCGAGACUGUGGAAGGAGGCGGCGUCGUCGUGCUCUUGCUGCGCACUAUGGACAGUCUCAAGCAGCUCUAUACCAUGAGCAUGGACGUCCAUGCGCGCUUUCGCACCGAGUCGCAUCAGGAUGUGGUUGCACGCUUUAACGAGCGCUUUAUUCUCUCUCUAGCCUCGUGUGAACGAUGCGUCGUGCUUGAUGACGAACUCAAUGUGCUGCCCAUUUCCAAGCACACACGAAAGAUUGAGCCACUACCGCCUCGUGAUCCAGCAACAGAGCUCACGAAAGACGAACGCGAGCUGCAAGAACUCAAGACGUCGCUGCGUGACACUCAGCCUGUUGGUGCUCUGGUAGAGCAGGCGCGCACGUUGGAUCAGGCCAAAGCCAUUCUCACUUUUGUAGAGGCGGUAUCAGAGAAGACGCUGCGCUCGACUGUAGCGUUGACGGCUGGACGUGGACGGGGAAAGUCGGCAGCUCUGGGAAUGGCGCUAGCAGGAGCUGUUGCCUACGGAUACAGCAAUAUCUUCGUGACAGCCCCGACGCCCGAGAACCUCAAGACUGUGUUUGACUUUGUCUUUAAGGGGUUCGAUGCGCUCAAGUAUAAGGAGCACCUUGAUUACGAGGUCGUGCAAAGCACGAAUCCAGAGUUCAACCAUGCCGUGAUUCGUGUGAACAUCUUUCGCGAGCAUCGUCAGACGAUUCAGUACAUUCAGCCCACGCAUCACGAAAAGCUCGCUCAGGCAGAGCUAGUCGCAAUUGACGAGGCUGCUGCAAUUCCGCUUCCAGUCGUCAAGAAGCUGCUGGGUCCCUACCUCGUGUUCAUGUCGUCCACCAUCAACGGUUAUGAAGGCACUGGGCGCUCACUGUCGCUAAAAUUGCUCCAGAAACUGCGUGAGCAGCAAGGAAGUGCUGGCGAAGCUGCAGCGCGUGCUGCCGCGAAUAUCCACGGCAACCAAAAGCGCCGCAAGGGUGAGCAGAAACUACACGAAGAACGCUGGCAGGCAGCAAGUAGUGCUGCUCAGGCUGCAGUAGCUGGAAGUGCUUCGUCUUCAGCACGUGUACUUCGUGAGGUGUCGCUUGAGACACCGAUUCGUUACGCUCCUAAUGAUCCGGUUGAGCGCUGGCUGAACGCUCUUUUGUGCUUGGACGUGACGAACGCAUCGCAUCGCCUUGUAGCGGGCACGCCUCACCCGCGUGAUUGUGAGCUGUUCUACGUGAAUCGCGAUUCCCUGUUCUCGUACCACAAGCUCUCGGAAAGUUUUUUGCAGCGUAUCAUGACGCUGUACGUGUCAUCGCAUUACAAGAACCAGCCAAACGACCUGCAGCUUCUGUCCGAUGCUCCGGCACAUCACGUGUUUGCCCUGCUUGGUCCUGGUGCCGAAGCUCAGGGUAAUGCUGGCCAACUGCCAGACGUCCUUUGUGUUGUCCAGGUGGCUCUGGAAGGAGAAAUCUCCAAAGCUUCAGUGAAGGCCCAGCUCGCGCGGGGUCAACGUGCUUCGGGAGACCUCAUUCCGUGGACGGUAGCACAACAGUUCCAGGAUUCCGAGUUUGCUGCUCUUUCGGGGGCGCGUGUGGUGCGCAUUGCCACACAUCCGGAUGUCACUGGCAUGGGCUACGGCUCUCGAGCUAUUGAACUGCUUGCAAAGUACUACCAAGGUGAAAUCACGACGGACGUAGCUGGCACUGAGUCGGAAGAAAAGGUGGACGGAGAAAACGGAGCGGACGAUGAUGAUGAUGAUGAUGCCGAUGAAGAUGAGGAAGCAAAGAAGGCCAAGCUUCGCAAGGAGAAGAUCAAACCACGGAAAAUACUCCCACCUCUCCUGUUGCCGCUGGAGGAGCGUCCAUGUGAGCGCCUGCACUGGUUCGGUACGUCGUUCGGUUUGACGCUACCACUGCACAACUUCUGGUCUCGCGCAAAGUUUCGCUCAGUGUACAUCCGACAGACAGCAAACGACCUCACUGGCGAGCACACGGCUAUUUUGCUGCGCUCGUUGCGCUGUGAUGAUCUCCCGGCAUCGCCAGCAGACGGCUGGCUGGACGACUUUGUGGCCGACUCACGCCGUCGAUUCACCUCACUGCUUGGCUACGACUUCGCGAAGUUUCCAUGUGCGCUAGCGCUUGGCUUGCUGAGUGAUGAGACUGUUAGUUCCACACCCGAUAUCAAUGAGGACAAGCAGACUCCUUUGCACCGUGGUGCUACCGGUGAGAUCAGCCCUGCAGAGCUCGCGAUGGUGCUGACGCCAUACGAUGCGAAACGUCUCAAGUCGUACGCCAAGAACAUGGUGGACUACCACAUGAUUGUGGACCUGGUGCCGUCGCUGGCGCGUCUGUACUUCCUGCAGCGCCUUCCGCAGAUGUCAUUGUCGUAUCUGCAGCGUGCGAUUCUUGUGAGUCUUGGACUGCAGCACCAGUCUGUGGAUGUGAUUCAGCAGGAGCUGAACAUUCCCUCGAACCAGCUCCUGGCACUGUUCAACAAGGCUGUACGAAAGUUCUUGGGUCAGAUUGAGCAGCUCAUGGAGAAACAACUGGAGCAAGAAAGCGAGAACAGCAAGAAGCUGGCACAAGUGGCCGCGCAGUCCCAAGCCAUGGCACCUACUGAGACGACUCUGGACGAGGAAAUGCGCCAAGGCGCUCAAGAUGAAAAAGCCAAAGAGCAGCAGAAGCUGCUCGACAGCCUCAACUUGAUGAAGUACGCUGUGCGCGGUGAUGAUGCCGACUGGGACUCUGCGCUUGCUCAGGCUGAGAACGGGGGUGCUGUUGUGCAGGUGAAGAGCAAGAAGCCGACCAAGUUAAACAAAGAGGUGACAGACACGGACUCCUCGAAGAAGGAGCACAAGCACAAGAAGCGCUCGGGCGACGGUGACAGCGAUCACAAGAAGAGCAAAAAGAAGUCAAAGAAGGGCAAAUACGCCAACCUUGGCUAG